AUGUCGAGCCAACCCAAUAGCUUUCAGCGCAGGAUUCAGCGCGUCAACGAAGCAUUAUUUAAUACAGGCUCUGAAAACAACCAAAGUCUCGCUGCUGAUUCGUUGAGCGCCGACGAUGUCACCAAGACCUACCUCCUCCUGCUUUCCAACGCUGCCAGUCUCGAAUUUUUGAGAAGCUCUGCUUUUGCGAAGGCCCUCGACAAGCCAGCACGUUCCGUCGGCACCUGCCUCGGUUAUAGUAUGAAUGAGUGUAUCGAGGAGUUGCGCAGAUUUCUUGCAAUCAAGGUAUACACUUCGGAUGAAGGAGCUACUAAGAUCAGUCCUACACCUCUCAUGGACGAGGGCUGGCAUGCCGCUAUCCUCAAUACCCAAUUCUACGUCAAGCUACAAGAGGCUCUCGGUAUCACCCUUCACCAUCGGCCUGAAGGCGCAGUGGAGUUGGACCAGAAACCAACAAGAUUGGCAGCCAUGAAGGCUCUCUACAAGACCUUCUUCCAAACCGAACCGCUCACAGAUCGCUUUGCCAACCAGCUCUCCCACCUUCCACAUUGA